AUUCCCACCAAGGCCCAGCCCAGUGCACCCAGUUCUGUGCUGCUUUCAUCUAAAUUCAGAGGAUCAAACCAGUCCAGGAUCCUCUGGGUUCAACCAGAAAUAGGCGACAGACAACCAAAUAUUUUGGAGCACAUUUCACCCCUGAUGACUCGCAGGAACUGGCAGGUCGUCCAUUCAUACUGCUGCGAGGUAAAUGGCAGCAGACCAUUGCCACGGAAUUGAUUGAUGGUGUUUCACACUCUAUAAGUCGAGAAGAGUUAGUGCCAGCUCGCCUCAUUUGUUUUUGCCCAGUUCGUGACCAACAGCAGGGAGUUAUAUGUCUACCAGUGGGAAGAUUUUACCUUUGAUAAGAGAUGAAAAAUAAAGAAAAAAUGCUUUCAUAGGUCAGAAAUCGGCAGCGUUACAUCAAAAAGGCCUUUAUGGUUACAUUUUAUAUGGAAGAUAAAAGAGCUGCUAAAGUAGAAAAUGGGAGACUGGAACUUCCUUGGUGGGAUCUUGGAGGAGGUGCAUAUCCACUCCACCAUGGUUGGCAAGAUCUGGCUGACCAUCCUGUUCAUAUUCCGAAUGCUGGUCCUGGGCGUCGCCGCAGAAGACGUUUGGAAUGACGAGCAGUCUGACUUCAUCUGCAACACCGAGCAGCCGGGGUGCCGGAAUGUAUGCUAUGACCAGGCCUUCCCUAUUUCCCUCAUCCGCUACUGGGUGCUCCAGGUGAUAUUUGUGUCCUCGCCCUCCCUGGUGUACAUGGGUCAUGCCAUCUACCAGCUGCGGGCUCUGGAGAAGGAACGCCACUGCAAGAAAGUGGCUCUCCGGCGGGAGCUGGAGGCGGUGGAUGCAGAGCUGACAGAGGUGAAGAAGAGGAUUGAAAAGGAGAUGAGGCAGCUGGAGCAGGGGAAGCUCAACAAAGCACCACUGAGGGGCUCUCUGCUGUGCACCUACGUGGCCCACAUUGUUACGCGCUCAGUGGUGGAGGUCAGCUUUAUGACGGUUCAAUACAUCCUGUAUGGAAACCGCCUGAGCACCAUUUACAAGUGCGAGAGGGAGCCGUGUCCUAACGUGGUGGACUGCUUCGUCUCGAGACCAACAGAGAAAACUGUUUUCAUGAUGUUCAUGCAAGCUAUCGCCUGCAUCUCUCUCUUCCUCAGUCUGCUGGAGAUCAUGCACCUUGGCUUCAAGAGGAUUAAGAAGGGCAUUCUGGACUACUACCCACACCUGAAGGAUGACCUGGACGAUUAUUAUGUCAGCAAGUCGAAAAAGGACUCAGUGAUGCAUCAGGUUUGCAUGGGAACGACUGUGGGACGCAAGAGUACGAUUCCCACAGCACCAAGCGGGUACACGUUACUGCUGGAGAAACAGGGCAACGGACCCAACUACCCUCUCCUCAACGCCUCCUCCGCCUUCGUCCCAAUUCAAGGGGACCCUGGUGGAAAGCCGGACAGUCAAAAGGAGGGCAAGGAAGGAGUCCCGAGUCCCACGGAGCACAACAACAACUCCAACAAUACCAGCAGUGAGACGCGGUCCCCUCCUUCAGACAAACAGGAGCAACGAGAAGAUCAAUCCCCACCACAUCACGAGGACCUGGAGCGUGCAAGAUCUGAGUACCCCACCCUGCCUGUUUCAGAUGCCUCCUGCAGCACAGCGCUGUCAGGCUUCACGAGGAAGACACGAAGGAUCACCCCACCGUGGAACUGCUCCACAGUCGUGGAGGGAAAUGGCUCAGACAGCGGAGACUCCUACAACGGGAACAACAGCAUGAAGCUACGAAGCGGCGGCGGCCCCAGAGCAAGGAUCCUCUCCAAGUCAGACAUUAAGAGACAGAGCAGACCCCAGAGCCCGGACUCUGCAGGGGAGCUGAGCUCUAUAUCUCGACACAGCCGGGAGAGCAAUAGUCCCGCCGCCUCCCCACCAAACCGGCGAGUGUCAGCUGCCAGCAGCGCCAGCAGCAGACGAGCCCCGACUGAUUUACAGAUAUGAGGACUGCUUAGAAGAAGCCAUUAAAACACUAUUACUGCACCUUUUUCACAGUUUAGACUUCUUUAAGAGACAAUCACAAAAAGCCUGCAGAGAUUAUGCUUGUGCCAGACAUUCUCCAGUCUUAGAAAGAGCAUAUGACAAACAAGCAGUCUAACAUCUACUCUUCCUUUUAGAGGGAUUCAUACUAGGAUGCACAGCCUUGUUUUCUCAGAUUUCCAGGUCAGUUUCAGGCUUUCAGAAUGAGCUUCAACCCUCAAACAAUCAAGCUAUAAAGCUAUGUUAGCAGCUGACAUGACUGAGUGGGGCCUCAUGAUGUUUGAUGAUAAGUCGAUUUAUGAGUAAUUCUGAAAUGUUUUAAUGGUCAAAUGAAGGCUGAAGGGUCACACACGCUGAACUGUUUAACUGAAACAUGCACCUAGCACUGAAUUAUUGCUAAACUUAGCUAUCACAGAUAAGAAUGGGUCCUUGUCUCAGAAACCAACUUAAGAAAAUGCCGACUUUUAUGUUUGUGUGGUGCACUGUGCGCUAAACACAUCUGCUCAAAUGCUUUAUUAACCUUUCAUUUUUUCAUAUUUACAAUUAAAAUAAAGGCUUGCAGGUAAUUCACAGACAGUAUAAAAGAUGGGCAGGGAACUGUAGCAUCCUCAGUGGCUAACAAGCUAUCAAGUGGUAAACCAAUGAGCAUUUCCUGGAUAAUCCUUCUUCCUUAGAAUAUCCAUUUACUUCCUGUUUUUUGACUUAAUGUUUUAAUAAUAUGACCCAAACGGAGUGACUUAACCCAUAAACUAUUUGAGAAAGUGUUUGCAGAGCUCAGGGCAGAGGGCUGCUUCCCCAUUGACUUCUUUGAGACCCAGGUUGUUUUUGAAAUCACAGGAAUCACCCCCUGGUGGACAUUAGUAAGAAUGCAGGUUUAAAGCGUUUCUGCAUUGGCUUCACUUUUCAGACCUCGAACCUGCGCCUAUGUUUUAUACUGUCUGAGAGUUCAUAGCAAGUGUUGUUUUCUCUCUUUUGACCUCGACUUAAAUAACAGUACUGACUAGGAUCAUUUACCUCAUUAACAUAAUGCCUUUUAUAGAUUUCUUUCUUUUCUUUUGACAAGGGGGGAUUUUAGUUUGCCUUUUAACUUGUCAGGGGUGAGACUGAGCGGGCCCACUGGCUGGUGGAGACUGAUUUUGCACCUCUGCAUCAUAAUUAUGAUUUCAAUCAUUUUUAUGCAACAAAGAAGUCAACUUGAGUCAUCUGUUUUCUUUGUUACGUUUGACAUGAAAUAUCUUCAAGACUUUUCCAGCAGUAAAUUUCACUUGCAGCAAAACAUGACAGUGGUUAGAAAAUAACAUGCAUAUAAGCCACAAUGAUGUUUCCAUGACUGUUGCCACACAAGUGAGCCAAUUCCUGCCAACAAGUGAGUAAAUCUGUAGGAUUUACAGAGAAUGGUCUGAAAAACAGAAUACCCAAUGAGCAGCUGUUCUCUGGGUAAUAUGAUUUGUUGACUGGGAGCAGCCAGACUUCCCUGAGAUUAAAUGACAACAGUAAUUGAAAUAACAAAUCAUUACAACAAAGAGCAUCUCUGAACGCACCAAAGCUUGAAGCAAAUGUGCUACAGCAGCAGAAGACUACAUCGUGUGCCGCUCCUGUCCACGAAGAGCAGGAAACUGAAGGUACAGUUCACACUUACUCACCAAAAUCAGACAACUGAAUACGGGAACAAACCUGCCUGGUCUGAUAAGUAAAAAUUACUGCAAUGCCAUUUAGAUGGUAGGGUUAGAAUUUGGUGUAGAAAAACAGAAAAGGAUGGAUCCAACAUGCCUCAAGUCAUGGUUCAGACUGGGAGUGGUGGUGUAGAUCAGUGUGAUUUUCUUGCCACACUUUGGGCCUGUUAUUAGCAAGUAUAUGUAUCUAAGAAAUAACCAGAGUGCACACAUGUUCUGGUAACUACUUCCUGCAGGAUCCUUUGUAGCCAGACACUUCAGUCAGUCGCAGCAUCUGAAUUCAUCCAUGAUGAAGCUUUAAUAACAAAUGAAGAAUUUCCAUCAGCAAAAUCAAGGACCUUCAGGACAGAAAGGCUGAUGCUGAAAUGUCAUUUUUAAUUUAGAGAGCUUCUUGUUAUACAAAAAAAACAAACAAAAAACAAAAAAAAAAGACAGUGAUUUUGCAUUCACUGUACAUCCAUUGUUUAAUAAACAUUUACAUACAAACAAGGCUUUAGUAACAUUUUUCUUUUUAUUCCUCCACAAAAGCAAAGAAAACCUCUACUCUGCUGCUUCCCCAUCAGGCGAUGGUUCAUACUGCAUCAGCUGGAAGAUGAGGAGGAAAACGAGAAGGUUAAAGGUCACAGAAUCCAGACCAAAUAUAGACAUGUGAUUAUCUGUAAACGCUCACCCUGCUCCUCAGCUCUUUGUUCUCCUCCAUGAGCUCGCUGCACUUCUGUUGUAGGUCAGCCAGCUCCGUACGAAGAGCCUCUGUGUCUGCUGGCUCUGGACCAGCUGCCCCGAGAUGAAGCUUUAUGAAACUGUUGCCAUGGUUAAGGUUAACGACUGCAUGGAAAUUUUACUCAUCAAUACUAUCUAAUUUUAUUAGAGCAGAACAAGGUCCAACUCGGUUCUGCAUGUUAAUUCAGGAGAAUGAUGAUCCAGUUUGUAGGUUGGAGAGACUGGUGCAGGAGAAUGACUCCUUAGCUUAAGAACUGUUGGCCUGUGACAGACUCACCCACUGCAAGUAUCCUGCAGUAUUUAAACAUGUGAAGAACAACACAGAAUAAAUCAAACCCCAUGAACAGAUUACAAAAAACCCCUUAGAGUUUAAAUCUGCUGCCAUAACAAGAAACUGGCUUUUCCACAAUAAAAAAGGCCGAGUGAUUAUUUGGUCUAGCCUACAUCCUUGCAGUAUACCGAGAUGCACAGAACAUCAACAUAUUGAUGAAUUUUGAUGCAGUUGAUUUCCCCUAUCUACACAGCUGAAGAAUUGGAGAUGUUAAGAUUUUUAUUGUGAAUUAAAACUCAAAGUCUUAAAGGCUGCCAUUCAUCUCUAAAUGGACCAGGAGUCACCUCAUUGCCCAUCUGAAGGUUUCAGGGGACAACGGUGCAUUUAAAUAAUCGAUUUGACUGCAAUCGUAACAUUUUAAGACUGAUAAUACCAUAAAUAAAAAAUAAUAAACUAUUUUAUUUUAAAUGCAGUGGUUUAAGCUCUAAACCUGUUUAUAUUGAGUGAAAUUUUGUGAAAAAGUAUUUGCCAACUUCCAGAUCUUAUUGUUACAUAUUUGCUGCAUUUAAAUAUUCCACAUGAUCAAACAAAUAUUGGACAAAAAUAACCUGACUGUCCACUUCCUAAUGACUCAAAUAAUAAUGAAAGUUUUGGAAGGCUUUAUCUAGUCAAAGUUUGGACUUAAACUGGCUAAUCGAGCUAAUAAACAAUAAACAUAACAAUAAAAAAAUAAAGUGUGGCUGAAGUAAACCAGUUUUGCAAAGGAGAGCGAGCCAAAAUUCCUCCAUAGUGAUGUGAAAGACUUGUUACUAGUUAUACCAAAGAGUUGCAGUUCUUGCUGGUGGCAAAACCAGUUAUUAGGUUUAGGGGGAAUCACUUUUUCCACAUAAGGCCUGGUAAUUCUGGAUAACUUUUUCCCCUCAAUAAAUGAAAUAAUAAUUUAAAACCUGCAUUUCCAAUAUUAAAACACAGUAGAUCUGAAACAUACAAGUGUGACAUAUCUUUUUUGCUUUGAAGAUAGAGCCACAUCAGAAACUAAUUGUUACCACCUG